AUGGCCGAGGGCACCCCCGAUGAUACCGGAUAUCUGCACAUGCCUGUGCUCGCGAUAAACCAUUUCAACUGUGUCCACGAAUCCCCUGCGGACCUUUUUGCGGCGCCCAAUGGCUCAGCCUUGAUCCGUAUGGAAUAUUUCUCCGCUAUGCCAAACCUCUCAUUUCAUUUUACUGAUUCUAUUGCGUCAGAUGCUUGCAACUGCAUGGGACGAUGGGGUAGUGGUAUUGCUACUGUCUUUCGUGAUAAUUACCCGGCAGCAUUUGACAUCUACGCCAGGAACUGUCGCUACUACAAUAACAAUAUCCGGGAACACAUGAUCGAAGAUAUCCGGUUGGGGAAUUUGAGCCAAGAGCACCCCAUGCGACUAGUCCGUCAGCCGCUGGGAACUGCUCUCGUCAUCCCACCUCAGAAUACCGAUAUUGAAAUUCAUGGCCGCCGUCACUGGGUCGUUUGUCUUUUUGUCUCUCGCUGGUACGGUUCCCGUCGUGACUCUCAGGCGGAUAUUCGAAACUACGCCUACGCUGCGCUGCGAGAUCUUGCCCAACAGAUCACCGAGCUACGGAUUAUCGCUGAUGAAGACAGUGAAUGGCCCCGUUUUCUUUUCUCCAACCAAUUCUGCUCUGGCUUGUUUCGUGUGCCCUGGGAAGAGACCCGCCAGCUGAUCAACGAAGUCGGGCUACAUAUUACUGUGUGCACCAACUCCGAGCAACGUCGUGCUACUCAACGCCACUCCCGAGAUCGCACUAUCCGUCGCCCAAGUCGCUUUGACUUAAAUGAGGCGUUCGGUCGUGAACGGUGA